AGUCCCGCGCGGGCACGCCCCUCGGGUAGCGAGAGGCGUCGGGAUCGCGGGCGCCGCCUGAGUCAGCGGCUGCUGGGAGGCUGUGUCCGCACGCCUGCGGGGCGAGGAGGCCGGGCCCUGCGCCUCAGGCCUGAGAACUGGGAGGAAGCUGGAGAAAAGAUGCCCUCUGAAUAUUUGUGUUUGGCUGCCCGGGCUCGCCUUGACUCCAAAUGGUUGAAAACAGAUAUACAGAUGGAGUCUUGCUCUGUUGCCCAGGCUAGAGUGCAGUGGUGCCAUCUCGGCUUACUGCAAGCUCUGCCUCCCGGGUUCACGCCAUUGUCCUGCCUCAGCGUCCCAAGUACCUGGAACUAUAGGUGUCCACCAUCAUACCUGGCCAAUUUUUUGUAUUUUCAGUAGAGACGGGGUUUCACUGUGUCAGCCAAGAUGGUCUCCAUCUUCUGACCUCGUGAUCCACCGGCCUUGGCCUCUUAGAGUGCUGGGAUUACAGGCAUAAGCCACCACUCCCGGCCGAUAUAUUGUUUGUUUAUGAAAAUUAUACUGGAUCUGUUACAGAUGAUAGCGUCAAACCAAGUGGAACAAAGAAAGAAGAUCUGGAUGACAAAGAGAAAAAAGAUGAAACUCCUGCACCUGUAUAUAGGGCCAAGUCAAUUCUGGAGAGCUGGGUAUGGGAGUAAGCAACCAGGGAUGUUGACAGAACGCCAGGCACCAAAAGGCUAGAAGCAUGCCCCUGCAGGACCAGCACUUGGCCCUGGCCAUCCUGCUGGAGCUGGCUGUGCAGAGAGGAAUGCUGAGCCAAAUGUUGUCUGCCAUCCUGUUGUUGCUUCAGCUGUGGGACAGCAGGGCACAGGAAACUGACAAUGAGCGUUCUGCCCAGGGCACCAGCACCUUGCUUUUGCCCUUGCUGCAAAGGUUCCAGAGCAUCAUUUGCAGUAAGGAUACGCCCCCCUCCGAGGGCGACAUGCACCUUUUGUCUGGCCCUCUGAGCCCCAGUGAGAGUUUCCUGAGGUACCUCACCCUCCACAAGACAACGAGCUUGCCAUUGAUCUGCAACAAAUGGCGGUUGUUGUCAUGGCCCAUUUAGACCAUCUGGCUACACCCUGUAGAUGCCUCCGCCGUGUAGCUGUCCGACGUCUCA